UUUCCUUAUGGGCAGCGCAGAGGGUCAUGUUUAGGGGCAUGAGCUGCGGUGUUUGGUCCGGGGAGGAGCUGCGGCCUCGGGCUGCCAGAUGCUGAGGAGCUGCGGCGUAACUUCCUGCGGCGGUCCGGGGAAGAGGAAGAGGCAGAGGAAGAGGAGAGCCGGAGGAAGAAGCCCCCCUCCAGGAUUAUUGCGCUCAGCGUCGCUAGCUCGUCGGCUAACGGUCCGGACAGCAGCCAUGAAGAGCCGCUGGAGCCAGUGAAAGUUCGCCGCCUCUCACUUCUGGACUCUAAUCGACGGCUGGGCGGUUCGGGAAGUUCGGGUAACUGGGCCAGAAGCCGCUGGAGAAGCCCGACCUGAAGAGACUCAGCUGGCGGAGGAGCAAAGAUGAAGAAGCAGUUCAAUCGGAUGAAGCAGCUCGCUAAUCAGACGGUUGGCAGAGCAGAGAAGACAGAAGUCCUCAGCGAUGACCUCCUGCAGAUUGAGCGGCGCAUGGAGUUGGUGCGCGUUGUUUCCCACAACACGCACAAGAAGAUGGUGUCAUGUCUGCAGGGUCACAUCGGAGCAGAAGCAGAGAAGAGACAUUCUGUCCCGCGCCUCUAUACAGGAAACGGUCAGAAAAAGCUUCCUCUCACCGCUCUGUCCCAGGCCAUGGUGGAGGGAGGAACCCAGCUAGGGGAAGACUCGUCGAUCGGGAAGAUGAUGGAGGUGUGCGGUGAGGUGGAGAACCGUCUGGCCACGGAGCUGAUGCAGCACGAGCUGCAGAUGGAGAAGGAGGUUCUGGACCCGAUCAGCCAGCUGGCAGAGGUAGAAAUCCCAAACAUCCUGAAGCAGAGGAAGCAGCUGGCCAAGUUGGUGUUGGACUACGAUUCUGCCAGAGCCCGGUGGUUGCAGGCGACCAAGUCGAUAAUCUCAGGAACAAACACUCAGGCGCUGACGGCCAAGGCAGACCUGCUGAAGGAGGAGGUAGACGAGGCCAUGAACAAAGUGGAGCUCUGCAAGGACCAGCUCGCUGCAGACAUGUACAGUUUCUUCUCCAAAGAAGGCGACUACGCCCACUACUUCAUCACGCUCCUGGAGGCUCAGGCUGAUUACCACAGGAAGUCUCUGUCUGUUCUGGAGAGCGUUCUGCCGGCCAUCCGGGCCCAGCAAGACUCCUGGAUGGAGAAACCGGCAUUUGGAACGGCUCUGGAUGAUCACCUGAAGAGGAGCGGCAGAGAGAUCGCUGUGCCGAUGGAGGCCUGCGUCAUGAUGCUGCUGGAGACCGGCAUGAAGGAGGAGGGUCUGUUCAGGAUCGCAGCUGGAGCCUCCAAGCUGAAGAAGCUGAAGGCGGCGCUGGACUGCUCCACCUCCCAGCUGGAGGAGUUCUACUCAGACCCCCACGCUGUCGCCGGCGCUCUGAAGUCGUACCUGCGGGAGCUCCCUGACCCCCUGAUGACCUCCCAGCUUUACGACGAGUGGAUCCAGGCCUCCAGUGUUUCAGACCCAGAUAAACGGCUGCAGGCUCUCUGGCUGGUCUGUGACAAACUACCAAAGAACAACAGGAACAACCUGAGGUACCUGGUGAAGUUUUUAGCCAGACUGGCUCAGGACAGCGAGACGAACAAAAUGACACCGAGCAACAUGGCCAUCGUCCUGGGACCCAACCUGCUGUGGGCCAAGACCGAGGGGAGCCUGGCGGAGAUGGCGGCAGCGACCUCGGUGCAUGUGGUGGCCAUCAUAGAGCCCAUCAUCCAGCAUGCUGACUGGUUCUUCCCUGAGGACGUGGAGUUUAAUGUUUCCGGCAUGUUUGUGAUGCCGCCGCCGGCAGCGUCCAAUCACAGCAGCCCGCCGGACGCCGACUGCAGCGUGGAGAGGAAGAGGAGCAGCAUGCUGGGAGCAGACGCAGACACCGCGCGGAAAGACAACUCUAACAAGCAGUCGGACCCCGCCCUCCGUAGAGGCACUAACACCUUAGGUAGAAAGCAGCACACCUCACCUGCCUUCCAGCCUCCUCUGCCCCCUAUGGAGGCCCCCGUCCUGGGCCAUGGGGUCCCCCAGGUUGACCCACAGGCCCCGCCUCCAGUGGGGGGGUCGGGGCUGGAUGGGCCCCAGCUCAGCCUGGUCCAGGAUCUGGCUGCUCUGGCAGCAGUGCAGCAGCUGCUGGCCCAGAACACAGAGGAGCUCAGCAGCCUGAAGCUGCGGGACGGCGCUGCAGCGGCGCCCACGCCGGUUCCUCAGAGGAACGGUUCUGGAGGCGGUGGGCCGUCUGGGACCGGGUCCAUGGGGCCCAGUCCUCACAUGAUGCGGCGAGGUGACCAACAAGCAGGAUGCAUAGAAAGAUCGACAACACGACUGGACAGGACAGGUCGCCAUGGUUACCAGGUAAACCAGCAGGCAGUGGCAAACAUCUGGACUCGGUUUAUAAUAACCUGAAACCAAACUAACGGAUCAAAACGGAUUUUAACGGAUUGCAGAUUGAAGUGAUGAAAAACGUUCAUCAGAUCAGAAAUUUCUUCAUAUCGACUUCUUAAAAAAUAAAAGCAUUUAUUACAUAAUAAAUAUUCACUUUGCUCUCCGUCUGAUUGUCAGAUUAAAUCUAGAAUCAUCUGGAGUAAAUCUGGACCUCAGCUCUGAAGGUCUGAAAUCUGACCCGAUGAAAAACGAGCUCCAGAAGUGAAAACAUGAAUUUAUUGGAGCUGCAGAACAAAUCAGUUAUUAACAUUAUUUAACGUGAAAAUGUUUACUCCAACUAGAUUUAGAUAUUUAAACUAGAAACUUAUGUUUAGUGGCUGUGAAGGAGAAAAUUGAUUCAUUUAAUCAUAACAUCAACGAUUUUUACAUCUCUGCCAGAAAUCCUGAACAUUAUUCGCCAUCAAGAUGAAAAUUCAGUUUUUAUUGAUCAGACUAUUGAUCAAUAAAAACUAGAAGAUCAAAGAGUUACAUCACAGUCGGAUCAGUGGUUCCGGACCAGUUCAACCAUUUUGCUCCUUUGAUCGGACCAGUUUGGGCCAAAGUGGAACUCAUGAAGAAGAAUCAGAACAUCUGGUCUAACCAGGUCGGUUCUGUUGACCGUCUUCAGAGCUGCAGGUCCAGAUGUUGGUCUUGGUGGUUCUGGAGCUUUUGGAUUCAGACUGUCCAUCAGACCCGGUUUGUCUCCUGGGUUCUGAUGGGACACCAGCGAACCCGUCUCCCAUAGCAACAGAUGGAUCUACAACAGCUGCUGAGCCGAAGGCCAGCGACGAUCCGGGCGAACGCGGCAACAAUU